CCAUCAGCCCGCGCCGCGCCGCCCGAGUCGUUCCGCCCCGCCCGCGCGGCGGUCGGUGCACUGUCACCGCCCGCUCCGGCCAUGGCCAUGGCCCCGGCCCGUGGUUUGUAAGUUGGUGACCGAAGCUCCCGACGCGGCCAUGGUGGCGAUGGCGGCGGCGGCGGCCCUGGCAGCGGCCGACCCACCUCCCGCGAUGCCGCCGGCGGCAGGAGCCGGAGGGCCCGCCGCCCGCCGAGACUUCUACUGGCUGCGCUCCUUCCUGGCCGGAGGUAUUGCCGGAUGCUGUGCCAAAACAACAGUUGCUCCUUUGGAUCGAGUAAAGGUUUUACUGCAAGCUCACAAUCACCAUUACAAACAUUUAGGAGUAUUUUCUGCAUUGCGUGCUGUUCCUCAAAAGGAGGGAUAUCUGGGAUUGUAUAAAGGGAAUGGUGCAAUGAUGAUUCGGAUCUUUCCCUAUGGUGCAAUCCAGUUUAUGGCGUUUGAGCAUUAUAAAACGUUAAUUACUACAAAGCUGGGAGUUUCCGGUCAUGUGCACAGAUUAAUGGCUGGAUCCAUGGCAGGUAUGACAGCAGUUAUCUGCACUUACCCUCUUGACAUGGUUAGAGUACGCCUAGCAUUCCAGGUGAAAGGGGAACACACUUAUACGGGAAUUAUUCAUGCGUUCAAAACAAUUUAUGCAAAGGAAGGCGGUUUCCUUGGAUUCUACAGAGGCCUGAUGCCUACUAUAUUAGGAAUGGCUCCAUAUGCAGGUGUUUCAUUUUUUACUUUUGGUACCUUAAAGAGUGUUGGGCUUUCCUAUGCUCCUACCCUCCUUGGCAGACCUUCAUCAGACAAUCCUAAUGUCUUAGUUUUGAAAACUCACAUAAACUUACUUUGUGGUGGUGUUGCUGGAGCAAUAGCACAGACAAUAUCCUACCCAUUUGAUGUAACUCGUCGGCGAAUGCAAUUAGGAACUGUUCUUCCAGAAUUUGAAAAGUGCCUUACUAUGCGGGAGACUAUGAAGUAUGUCUAUGGACACCAUGGAAUUCGAAAAGGAUUAUAUCGUGGUUUAUCUCUUAAUUACAUUCGCUGCAUUCCCUCUCAAGCAGUGGCUUUCACAACGUAUGAACUUAUGAAGCAGUUUUUUCACCUCAACUAAAAAAAAUCAUGAUUUCGUUUCUUUAAUAAACUCUCAGAGGAAGAAAUAAAAUAUUACUUUAAUUUUGAGGAGAACUUUACUUGAAGGGGGAUAUUUACCCUGUCACAGGAACCACUGGUAUUUUAGUACUUGAUUUUUUUAUUCAUCACAAAUCAAAAGUGCUUACUAUCCUUUUUGAUGCCAAAAGUUAUACCUUAGAACAUUGAAAGAAAUUCCUAAGCUGAUGCUGGCUAAUCAGUUAGGUUAUUUGAAACCAUUUUAAAGAGUUAUUUGGAAGUAGAACUGACUUAAAAUGGGAUUCAGGAGGUUUCCAUUAGCUUUAUCAUGCUGUUCCAAGCUUUUAAUUGUAAUCAUUAUUUUCAAAGACUCUAACAUUGCUUAUUAUUAUUGUUGUUAUAAACAAGUUUGGUUAUAUUGCAGCAGAAUGAUGAGAACUGAAUUUUUAAGUUAUAUCAAAUGUAGCUUAGAAGCCAGCAAUGAAGUAUUGUUUUUAUCUCUUUUCUUGUAAUUCUGCUCCACUGGAUAAAAGGACAAACACUUUUUCUCUUCAUUUGUUAAUAAAAUAAAUGUUGUAUUUAAAAAGUAGCCACGUAGAGACUCAACAAUAAAUGGAGAAUUUUCGGGUAUUGCUCAAAUGUUAUUACCAGGUACUAUAAGUGAUUUAAAUGUGUUUUUAAAAGUCAAUGUAUUUCCCAAAGGCAGUAAUAAUAAAUACUGAAUAUCUUUGCUCUUAAAACAUAUUAGCAUUAUAGACUUGUUUUUGUUAGAUGAUUUGGUGUAUACUAGAAGAUUUAUUUAAGUGGACCAUCGAAUAUCCAUUAAUAUAGAUGUGAAUGUUACAGGAUGUUUCUAAGGUAUUAUGAUACAUCAACUAGUUCUUCCAUGUAAAAUAAUUUUAGUGCAAUAUAAACUUAAGUAGAAAUGUAAAACAUGGUUUGAAUUGCUCUCCUUUAUAUUAAAAUGGUUUAAAAUAUAAGAAUUCCAUUUAUUGUGUUUAGAGUACUUUUUAUGUUUUAUUUUAAGCAUGACAGAAAUGAGAGAACAGUUAUAGUUCUGUCCUCAGUAAUAGUGGUUUGUAGAAUUGAUAUUAUUUUUAAGACAUUAGAAAACUAAGUUUAAAGUGUUAUUUCUGCUUCAAUUUUUAUUUUUUUGCAUAAAAGAUUUCUUGUCAUACCUUGGUAAAAAUGAGAUGAACUGGUUUCAUUUUCAAAGUUUUUAUUUUAAAAUAAAUAUGUAUCUUUGUAUGAUUUAUAAGUGUACCUUCAGGUAGAAAUACAUGUGUUCCUAAAACUAUUUUGUAUAUUUUUAUUUCUGGGCUAUACUGUAGCUAAUUAUUGUUAUCAAAUCUCAAGAUAAUUUAAAUGUAUAAAAUAAGUAUCUCAGUUAUGUUAUCAAUAAAAGAGGAUUGUGAAUAUUUUUUUAAAUAAAAAUUUGCAUUCUAUG